AUGACUGAGAAAACAGCUCCCUGGUGGAGGUCGUUCGUGGGCAAGAGGAGAAAGGCAGCCAGAGAAUCGGCGGCGACACUGGAACAGGACCUCCGUAAUCAGGCUUCAGCAGGGGCCACACAGCAUCCCUCCGCUGAACCGGACCAACGGCUCACUUCACAGACACGUCCAGCGAAGGAAGAGGGCUUACCGAGCGACGAAACAUACGACGACUCCGCUGUUCAGCCAACUUUCAACGAGAGCUCAAAUCGCCGCAACCUCACCGUGUCCCGCUCCGGACGCUUCAAAGAGAAACGGAAGACGCGCGUCAGUCUUCCGCAGAACCACGGAGAUGAUGGGAAAUCAGCCGAAGUCCAGUCCACGCGCUGA